AUAGUUGCCCUCGUUAAUUUCUUGAAAAUUGCUUAUUGAUUAAUUUUCAAAAUUAACAUACUCAUCGGCGAUGGGGAGACAAAUUUUCACAAUCAAAAUCAAUAUCAGCCUUGAAGAGUAGGCCCCACACCGCAAUUACUGCUCGCACAAGUCGUUGGAGGUGGGAAAUGUAACGUUCCUCUUCUUCCCUCUCUUCUAACCUAAACGCAGAAUUGGUUGUGAUUUGGUUUGUUAAUAAAAAAUUUGCGUUUCCUUCAUUGUAAACGUCGAAACCCAUCUCCAUUUGCCAUUGGCUUCGUUGGCUUUUGUAUUUCGUUUCUUGAUUCACUAUCAACUUUCUUCGAUCCCAUCGUCGCCAUUUCUCCUACCAAUCUCCGCCCUUUCCCUCUGUCUCCUUCGUUUUCUCUUUUCCGUUUCCUGCUUUUUAUAUCUUGGUUUUAUGACAAAUCAAUCAACAAUGUCAAUGACUUCCUUGUCAGUACCAUGCCCAAAGACCUCUUUGGCUGCAUGCGUUGGAUCCAAUUCCCAAAACCUACGUCCCAACUCCACUAUUUGUUUUCCUCCUCAUUCUCCCACGCUUGUUGGAUUUCAGUGGCCUGACAGGAAGCAAUCUCCUGUUACAAAGGUGCAGGCACAGCUAAAUGAGGUUGUUGCCACGAAGCCUUCAAAUUCCGCGCCAAUCCCAUCAUCUGAGAAAAAAGAUGAACCUGCAGAAAGCAUUCUAGGUGCAUCAUCAAUAAGCACAUUCAUGGCACAAGUGUCGGACCUUGUCAAGCUUGUAGAUUCAAGAGAUAUCACAGAGCUCCAACUGAAGCAAUUAGAUUGUGAGCUCAUAAUAAGGAAAAAGGAGGCUUUGCAGCAACCACCACCAACGGCUCCUGUCAUUGCAACGCUACCUCAUGGCCAACAUGCCACACUUGCAUCUCCAACACCAGCAGCUCCUGCAUUUGCACCUCCAAGCUCCCUUCCUCCAGCUCCUGCACCUGCCUUACCUUCCCCUGCAAAGACAAGCACUUCAUCUCAUCCACCACUCAAAUGUCCUAUGGCAGGAACAUUUUAUCGGUCUCCAGCACCCGGUGAACCUGCAUUUGUGAAGGUAGGGGACAAAGUGCAGAAAGGUCAGGUGGUUUGCAUUAUUGAGGCCAUGAAACUAAUGAACGAAAUUGAGGCUGAUCAGUCUGGAACCAUAGCUGAGAUUCUGGUUGAAGAUGGGAAACCAGUUAGUGUGGACACGCCUCUACUUGUCAUUGCACCUUGAAUCACUUCCAGGGAUCUAUUAUACUUGGCAGCAGACUGUAUUUGCAGAGGAAUAACAUAAAGUUGUAAUAUGUAGUCAAUUAUAUAUUUGUGUAAUAUUUUUAAACGAAUAAUUGUGCUCUUGGUCUAGGGAUGCUUUAUUUAUACCUCAUAACUGUGUUUGAUAUGUAGAAUAUAGUUUUUAAAAAUGUAAAGACAUUUUGGGAGUGAAUUCUGAAGUCUCUCUCCAACGUAAUGGAAACAACUAUGACGAGCAUUCAGUUUCAA